UGGGGGACGCCUUUAAGCCGAAACCCCGCCCCUCGGUCGUCAUGGCAACGCCUCCCCCCGCCCGGGGCUCCCACAUUUCAGCAGGUGCCGGAGCCGGAGCUCCCACCACCGCCGCCGCCCGUGCCUCCGGCUCCUCAGCGCCCGUGCUCUCGGCUCUCGCUCCCCCUGGCGGAGCCGGCGCGCCCCGGGGCUCCGCUCCCGGCCCCGCGCGCUCGGCUCCUGCAGACAGGCAGGAUCCCGGUCCCUGCUACGUUCCGGGGGCCAUGUCCGGCCUGGGCCCCGGCGGAGGCGAUUCAGAGGGCGGACCCCGGCCCCUGUUUUGCAGAAAGGGGGCUCUGAGGCAGAAGGUGGUCCAUGAGGUCAAGAGCCACAAGUUCACCGCUCGCUUCUUCAAGCAGCCGACCUUCUGCAGCCACUGCACUGACUUCAUAUGGGGGAUUGGAAAACAGGGUCUGCAAUGUCAAGUCUGCAGUUUUGUGGUUCAUCGACGAUGCCACGAGUUUGUGACCUUCGAGUGUCCAGGCGCUGGGAAGGGCCCCCAGACGGACGAUCCCCGGAACAAGCACAAGUUCCGUCUGCACAGCUACAGCAGCCCCACCUUCUGCGACCACUGUGGCUCCCUGCUCUACGGGCUGGUGCACCAGGGCAUGAAGUGUUCUUGCUGCGAGAUGAACGUGCACCGGCGCUGUGUGCGCAGCGUGCCCUCUCUGUGCGGCGUGGACCACACAGAGCGCCGGGGCCGCCUGCAGCUGGAGAUCCGGGCGCCCACUUCCGAUGAGAUCCACGUUACGGUUGGCGAGGCCCGGAACCUCAUCCCAAUGGACCCCAACGGUCUCUCCGAUCCCUAUGUGAAGCUGAAGCUCAUCCCAGACCCUCGGAAUUUGACCAAACAGAAGACCCGCACGGUGAAAGCUACGCUAAACCCUGUGUGGAACGAGACCUUUGUGUUCAACCUGAAGCCGGGGGACGUGGAGCGCCGGCUCAGCGUGGAGGUGUGGGACUGGGACCGGACCUCCCGAAACGACUUCAUGGGCGCCAUGUCCUUCGGCGUCUCGGAGCUGCUCAAGGCGCCGGUGGACGGCUGGUACAAGUUACUGAACCAGGAGGAGGGCGAGUAUUACAAUGUGCCGGUGGCUGACGCCGACAACUGCAACCUCCUCCAGAAGUUCGAGGCCUGUAACUACCCACUGGAACUAUACGAGAGGGUGCGGACGGGUCCCUCUUCGUCUCCCAUCCCCUCCCCAUCCCCCAGUCCCACCGACUCCAAGCGCUGUUUCUUCGGGGCCAGCCCUGGACGAUUACACAUCUCCGACUUCAGCUUCCUCAUGGUUCUAGGAAAAGGCAGUUUUGGGAAGGUGAUGCUGGCCGAGCGCCGGGGCUCCGAUGAGCUCUACGCCAUCAAGAUCCUGAAGAAAGACGUGAUCGUCCAGGAUGACGACGUGGACUGCACCCUGGUGGAGAAACGCGUGCUGGCUCUGGGGGGCCGAGGCCCGGGAGGCCGGCCGCACUUCCUCACCCAGCUUCACUCCACCUUCCAGACCCCGGAUCGCCUGUAUUUUGUGAUGGAGUAUGUCACCGGGGGCGACUUGAUGUACCACAUUCAACAGCUGGGCAAGUUUAAGGAACCCCACGCAGCGUUCUACGCUGCAGAAAUCGCCAUCGGCCUCUUCUUCCUCCAUAACCAGGGCAUUAUCUAUCGGGACCUGAAACUGGACAACGUGAUGCUGGAUGCCGAAGGACACAUCAAAAUCACUGACUUCGGCAUGUGUAAGGAGAACGUCUUUCCUGGGAGUACCACUCGCACCUUCUGCGGGACCCCGGACUACAUAGCCCCUGAGAUCAUUGCCUACCAACCCUAUGGGAAGUCUGUGGAUUGGUGGUCCUUUGGGGUUCUGCUCUACGAGAUGUUGGCGGGACAGCCCCCCUUUGAUGGAGAAGACGAGGAGGAGCUGUUUCAAGCCAUCAUGGAACAAACUGUCACCUACCCCAAGUCGCUUUCCCGGGAAGCUGUGGCCAUCUGCAAGGGGUUCCUCACCAAGCACCCGGCCAAGCGCCUGGGCUCGGGCCCCGAUGGAGAACCCACCAUCCGCGCUCACGGCUUUUUCCGCUGGAUCGACUGGGACAGGCUGGAACGAUUAGAGAUCGCGCCUCCGUUCAGACCCCGCCCGUGUGGCCGCAGCGGCGAGAACUUCGACAAGUUCUUCACUCGGGCGGCGCCGGCGCUGACACCCCCUGACCGCCUGGUUCUGGCCAGCAUCGACCAGGCUGAGUUCCAGGGCUUCACCUAUGUCAACCCGGAUUUCGUGCACCCGGAUGCCCGCAGCCCCAUCAGCCCAACGCCUGUGCCAGUCAUGUAAUCCCACCUGCCGCCACCGGGCGUCCCCACGGCUCCCUCCUCCGCCCCGGCUUUGGCCCUCGCCUCACCAUGCCACCCCCCUUUCCAAUUCUAGAUCUGGCUCCCCAGCGUUCUGGCCUCUGCCCCGCCCCCCGGGUUCUAGCCGCCCCGCCCAAGCGUUCCUGGCAUUCCGCACUCCCAAUACAAUCUCUAGAGUCUUACCGUGUGCUAGAUUCUGCUGCUGUUGAGCCCUAGAUUCUGACCUGCCUGAGCGUCCUGGACUCUGUUCCAUCAACUUACAGAACUGCCAACACCAUCCCAAUUCUCCUUUUUUUGUUUUGUUUUGUUUUUCCUUCUUCUUCUUCCUGGGAAAUAGUCUCAUGGGGUGGGCUGUUCUAGACUAGGAUUCCAGAACAUCCCCCCACCUCCGAGGCCCCUCCCACCUCCGCUCCAGUUCCAGAGUAAGUGGGAGGCUGUGCCCCCUUGCUCCAGUGCCCCUGUUCUGCGCUCUAGGGAUUCCUGGGACAUACGGAAGAUAUUCCCCGCCCCUGUUCUCUGUCAGCUUUUGUCCCAGGCUCCCCCACCCCUAGACCCAUCACCGCAUGGCUCCUCCAGUCCUGCUCGGAACACCACCUCUACCCAAAUGCCUGCCACUCUCGGGACUCUCCGUGCCCCCUCUUCCGCCCAGCCACAGCUGCUGGAGAAUAAAUUUGGGAUGCUGAUGCUCAA